GCAUGAACCCAGCGAGGUCACAGCUGGUACUCAUCAAGGAAGGAUUUGCAGAACCAGAGCAAGGAAGGGAAUCUCUCCUCCUUUGAAAGGCAAACGUUUGAGUCAGAGGAGGCUCCCCUGCUUUGCCUUCUAGGUUGAGGUCGAGGCUCUGUCCUGGAGUUAAGGGCUCGAGGAGCAGGCAGUGAGUCUAAAAAGAGCAGGCAAAGAAGCAGACAACUUCAGAAACAGAGGCUGGCCAAUAUUGCUGCUGGAGCCAGCAAGGAUGAUAAAGGAAAGAGCAUCGACUUUCAAGGGGCAUCUAGACAGGGAGGAGAAGAACACAGAGCGGUGAAAGGGAGUUCUAACCACUUUUGCACAUCAGGAGGAACUGAGGCAAAGCCUUCCCAAGGACUGGGUGUUUGCAGUUGGCACUGCAACUAUGUGGAAGGUGAGCACCCCACACAUUUGGGCCUUUGGCUCCCUGCUGGCAGUCUUCUGGGCAGAGGGCAGCCAGAGGAGGGCAUCGGAGAGUGGUCUCCGUCGGCGCUCCCACCGCGUGCAGCAGGGGCGCUGCAGCUACACCUUCAUCCUGCCCGAGGCCGACCCUCUGCCCUGCCACCAGCAGCGCCCCGGAGACACCUUCAACCCCAACAUCCUGCAGCGGGAUUCGCCAGCCGGACCCUUGCUGAGAAGCGACGAGGAGGACCAGUCCACCCAGCGAUACCAGCAGCUCGAGCGAGUCUUGGAAAACAACACCCAGUGGCUGCUGAAGCUGGAGAGCUACAUCCAGAUGAACAUGAAGUCAGAAAUGGUGCAGAUCCAGCAGAACGUGGUGCACAACCAGACGGCCACCAUGCUGGAGAUCGGCACAAACCUCUUGAACCAAACAGCUGAACAGACCAGGAAACUCACAGAUGUGGAAGCCCAGGUAGGUUCCUGGGCAAAAAGGAGAUUCACUGUACUCAACCAAACGUCCCGCAUUGAGAUCCAACUCCUGGAGAACUCUCUGUCGACAAACAAGCUGGAGAAGCAACUCUUGAUGCAGACAAAUGAGAUCCAUAAACUCCAGAACCGAAACAGCCUGUUAGAAACACGAGUUCAGCAGAUGGAAACGAAGCACCUGAUGGAGCUGGAGGGGAUCCGGAAGGAGAAGGAGCAGCUGCAGGAACUGGUGAGCCGCCAAAGCGACACCAUUGAGGGCCUGGAGAUGUCCUUGCAGGCUGCCAACAGCAAUGCCAGUCUGCUCCAUCAUCAGCAAUUGCAGCUCCUGGAGUCUGUCCAGAAUUUGGUCCAGCUGGUCUCCCAAGGCAAAGUUCCUCCAAAGAAAGAGUCCCGGAUGUUUCAGGAUUGCAUGGAAAUCCUCCAAUCUGGUCUGAAUCGCAGUGGGGUCUAUACCCUCCAUAUCAACAAUAUGACUGAACCCAAAAAGACCUAUUGUGACAUGGAGACAGAUGGUGGCGGAUGGAUUGUGAUCCAACACAGAGUCAAUGGCAGCGUCAGUUUCCAAAAGAGCUGGAAAGAGUACAAACAGGGCUUUGGGGAUCCCGCAGGAGAAUACUGGCUGGGGAACGAAGCGGUCCAUCUCUUGACCAACCAGGCUGCCUUUUCUCUGAGGGUGGAUCUCCUGGACUGGGAGGGGCAUCACGCUUACGCCUCGUAUGAGAAGUUCCAGCUUGGAGGCGAGCGGCAACGGUACAGGCUUUUCUUGAAAGGCUACCGGGGCACGGCUGGGCAGCAGAGCGGCUUGCCCCUCCAAGGCACCGGCUUCAGCACUCGAGACGCAGACAAUGACAACUGUAUGUGCAAAUGUGCCCAGAUGCUGUCUGGGGGCUGGUGGUUUGAUGCCUGCGGCCUCUCAAACCUGAACGGCAUCUAUUACCCAGCCAGACACAACAUCCGGAAACUGAACGGGAUCCGAUGGCAUUACUUCCAGGGACCGGGAUAUUCACUGAAAAGCACGCGGAUGAUGAUCCGGCCUUUGAGCAGUCGCGAAGCCGUGUAGCGGAAGGCAGCUGGGACACCAUUUCUCUGGGCCAAUGAUGGAUAACGAAGGGUCUUCAGUCCUAGACUUGUGGUAACGGAGCAAUGGCAGACUUUCUGGAAAUGAUGUCCCUUAUGAAAAGUGAUCAGGAAUUCACCAAAGUUACGAGCAGCAAAUCUUGCCUUUCUGAUAACGAAUGGAAGCUUUCAGAGGGAUCUUAGGAUACCGAUGAAAAGAAGAGGAGACUCUUGCAUGUGAUAAUGCUUGUCCUAUGGGGAAAUAUAUGUCAUUUUUAGUCAUAUAGUUGGACUUCUCCUCAAGUUUGGAGGGUGUUUGUUCGGAUUUUAAAUCAUGUACAUUGUGCUGAAUUCCAUGUACCAUCACUGCCCCAUAUGGAAACCUUAUAGUGUAUGCUACAUCCUUUUUGGCACAUGAAAUAUGCUAUUGUAUGCUCAAGAACAUGUGUUUGUUGGCAAACAUGGACAAGGCCGGAAAGUGUUGGAUAUUCUGAAUGGUUGUACUACAGGUUAGUGCAUCCAUUUGGCUGGCAUCGACAUUUAUUCUUUGCCCUAAAAGAGCCAAACUGCUUGCCAUUUCCCUAUUACUGGCCAGUGGCCAUUGUUCCAAGGACUUAACUCAUUUGUAGUCAUGGACUGGUAAAGAAGCCAUUUCGAGGCUGGUGUAAAAUAGUAGCAAUUGUCUGUGAAGUUCCUAGUUUGCAUUCUGCUUUUAAUAGAGAAGGGCAAAGAGAAGUAAAGUUUUCUUCCUGUUGUC